AUUUGAAUGGUUAAGAUUCGUUUGGGACUCGCAGUUUCCCAUUUCAAAUGAACACCCCGCGAUUGUAAUCCAAAAGCAACCUCGAGAAAAGGAAAAAACAGGAAAAAAAAAAAAGAAAAAUUCAUUCUCGAUCUUUUUGUUUGAUCGAUUUCAUCUUAAACUCCUACUCCUCUGUUCGGUCUCAGGCAUCCUUAGGAGAUGGUGCCGGGGAUCGAACACGGGCGGGGCGCCGCCGUCUGGCAGGCGUCCGAGGAGAACGCCUUGUUCGAGAAGUACGAGGUGGGGAAACUCCUGGGCUGCGGCGCCUUCGCCAAGGUUUACCACGCGAGGAACAUCAGGAGCGGGCAGAGCGUGGCGAUUAAGGUGAUCAACAAGAAGAAGAUCUCGAGCCCCUCCAUGAUCGGGAACAUAAAACGGGAGAUCUCUAUCAUGCGCCGCCUCCACAACCCUCACACCAUGACCCUCCACGAGGUGCUCGCCACCAAGACGAAGAUAUUUUUCGUGAUGGAGUUCGCUAAGGGCGGGGAGCUCUUCGCUAAGGUGGCUAAGGGGCGGUUCAGCGAGGAUCUGAGCCGGAAGUACUUCCGCCAGCUGAUCUACGCCGUCGGUUACUGCCACUCGCGCGGGAUCUUCCACCGCGAUCUCAAGCCGGAGAAUCUCCUCCUCGACGAGAACGGCGACUUGAAAGUCUCCGAUUUCGGCCUCAGCGCCCUCACGGAUCAAGUCCGCCAGGACGGUUUGCUCCACACGCUCUGCGGAACGCCGGCCUACGUCGCGCCGGAGAUUCUCUCGAAGAAAGGCUACGACGGAGCCAAGGUCGAUGUGUGGUCGUGUGGCGUCAUUCUCUACGUGCUCACCGCCGGAUUCCUGCCGUUUAACGAUCCGAAUUUGAUGGUUAUGUAUAAGAAGAUUUACAAAGGCGAGUUUCGGUGCCCUAAAUGGAUGUCGCCGGAUCUCAAACGCCUUUUAUCUCGUCUCCUCGAUACAAAUCCGGAGACGAGGAUCACAAUCGACGAGAUCACCGAAGAUCCGUGGUUCCGGAAAGGAUCCAAAGGAAAGCUGAAAUUCUACGACGAAUUCCUGGAAAUCAACAAGGAAGAAGAUCCGAGCAAUAGAAGCGCGUCCUGUUUAAACGCGUUCGAUCUAAUAUCCUUCUCCUCCGGGCUAGACCUCUCCGGACUGUUCGACGGCGCGUCAAGCUCCGUCACCGAUUCCGAGAGAAUUGUGGUGGACUCGGCGCCGGAGAAAGUGAUUGAGCGAAUCAAGGGAUUCGCCGCGGCGGAGAAGAUCAGACUGAGGAAAAGGAAGGAAUGGGGAGUCGAUCUGGAAGGGCAGAAUGGGAAAUUCCUCGCCAACGUGGAGGUUUAUCGUUUGACCGACGGUUUGGUCGUUGUGGAAGGCAGAAGGACGGCCGGCGACCCCGAAAUGUUCAGAGAGUCAUGGAGGGGAAAGAUUAUGCCGGCGAUUUUGAACCGAUCGGAGAAUCAGGCUUCCGGUAGCUGCUAGGCUUCACCGCCGGCGAACGGCGGGAUCUAGAUCUACGUUCGUACUUAACGGACGUUAAAUUAUUAUUACAUGAUUGUAUAAAAAUUUUUCUAUUUUAUAUAAUAUAUGAUCAUAGUAACGUGUCGCAUGAUUGCGUGACAGUGUGUGACAGUGCAUUAGUUAAUCUAUAUUUUUAAAAUAAGAUGACUUGGCUGCCGACGAGGAUGGAAUCGAUUCGCCCGGCGGCUGUAGACAUUGAUUGUAACUUUUGUUCAUAUUUUACGCUUUGUUUCCCGGCCAACGGUUGGCCGGCAUUGAUUUGUUCUUUUGCUUUCUUGUUUUUCCGGCGAGAGUAUGAUACUGCUAAAGUUUGAGAAAAAAAGAAAAAAAUCAAGAUUUUACCA